AUGGCGGACUCAACUACAUCAGCUCCAAAGCCGAGUUCCAGCGUCAAGUUGGUUCUUCUUGGUGAGGCAGCUGUAGGAAAGUCUUCCCUUGUAUUGCGGUUCGUGAACAAUGACUUUCAGGAAAACAAGGAACCUACUAUUGGAGCUGCUUUCUUGACGCAAAAAUGUAAUUUACCAACCAGAACGAUCAAAUUCGAGAUAUGGGAUACCGCUGGACAAGAACGUUUCGCCUCUCUUGCUCCCAUGUACUAUCGAAAUGCUCAAUCCGCUCUCGUCGUUUAUGACAUCACGAAACCUACAUCACUGGCUAAAGCAAAGCACUGGGUAGCAGAGCUUCAAAGACAAGCGUCACCGGGUAUCGUCAUCGCACUUGUAGGCAACAAGCUUGAUUUGACGAAUGAAUCCGAUGAUUCCAGUAAUAACUUGGGAGAUGAAGAAUCAGCCGAAGGCGAAGAUUCAAGCGGAGAUGCGCGAAAGGUAUCAACUGCUGAGGCUAAAUCAUAUGCCGAGGAAGAGGGAUUAUUGUUCUUCGAGACCUCUGCCAAGCUUGGCACAAAUGUGACGGAGGUAUUCACGGCAAUCGCAAAUGCUAUCCCAGAGACAUCAUUGAAGGGAGCUAGAGGACCUGGAGGUACACAAGCGCCUUCAGCAAGAGGAGAAGAACAAUCUAGAGUCAAUUUGACAGGACCAAGGGAUAAUGCUUCGAAGGAGGGUUGUGCUUGUUAA